AUGAAGAGGGCUUCGAUUGGGGUGAACUCGGGUUUUAAGUUUGGUUUGGAAGGUUUAAAGGCAUUUUACCUCAAGUAUGGUGAAGAUAUUGUUCUAGUUGGGGUCCCAUCGAAGCAUUCUCUUUUGACUUUUAAUAUGAUUCUCAAGAGUUUUGAACUCGUAUAUGGCCUUAAGGUUAAUAUUUAUAAGAGUUAUGUUUUUUGGUUUAAUGUAGGGAGGGAGUUUCGGGACCUGGCAAAGGAUUUCUUGAAUUCUAAAUCAGGUAGCCUUCCUUUUAAGCAUUUAGGGCUAUCGGAAGGAGCUAAACCUAGGAAGGAAGGGACAUUUGACCCCCUGGUUAAGAUGUCAGUUAAAGUUUGGAAGAAGUUAGUAAGGAUGCAAAAGAGGUUCCUUCGGGGAGACACAAGGGGAGGGGGGACUAAUGUAGCUUCAGUUAAGUGGGAGGACGUGUGUAAACCUAAGAGUGGUGAUGAUUUAUGGGUUAAAGAUCUAAGGCUUGUGAAAUUGACGUUGUUAAGUAAGUGGAUAUUGAAAGUUCUUAGGGAUAGGCAACCUCUAUUGAAGAAUAUUGUUUCUUCUAGAUUUGAAGCUCAUGUGUGUUGUUCCCCAUUUAGUGGCAAUGUGAUUAAUUUAACAAAGGUAUCCUUCUGGUGGAGAUGGGUUUCCCUUUCUGAUUCCUCACUAGAUUAA